AUGUCGGACGAAGACGAUGGAAUGCUGCUCAACUUUGCGGCUGUUUCCUCGAGCACGGAAAAGAAGCCAGUAAUUAAAAAGAAGAUAGUAGGUGGAAGAUGGAAAGAUAGACGAAGAACCAGACUAGCACUAGAAAACAGACUUCCAAAAUACAAGAGGGACAAACAGGAUGAUGGCAAUGUGAAUCCAAACCAAGUUCCCGUUUCAGGGAAAAGAGGAAGGGCAAGAAUGGGGCAAAACAAUAGUAGGAAGGAAGAAAAUGGCGAAGAAGCACAAGCAUCAAGAGAUGGGGAAGAACAUGGUGAAGAAGAAGGAACAACUUCUCACAAACGACAAAGAGUGACAAAAGAAACAAGGGGAAGCAACGGGGGUAAAGGAGAUACAUUUGUUUCGUCGCUUUUCACGGCAAAUCCAGAGGUUCAGAAGCGUGAUUACAAUCAGGAGACCAAAGCGGAAUUAAAACCAUCUAACGCACCUUUGAUCAAUGAUGAAAGCGCUGAUUUUGCAAAGCUUGGCAUCAACAAAACGCUUUGCAGAUGCCUUGAGCAGAAACUUGGGUAUGCAAAGCCAACAAAGAUUCAAAGAGCGGUUAUUCCAGCUCUUAUUACAGGAGAUGAUGAUAUGUUUGUACAAGCACAAACCGGAUCGGGAAAGACCUUAGCGUUCUCUGUUCCGAUUAUAGAGAGACUCAUGAGAGCGAGUGAUGGUAGCGUGAAUCGCAAAAGUGGAAUUUUCGCAAUUGUGUUGUCGCCAACCAGGGAAUUAGCAACCCAAACAUACGAGUUUUUGACAAACAAGCUCUGUUCGGCAUGCCACUGGAUAGUUCCCGGGCUUGUCAUUGGAGGAGAGAAGAAGAAGUCCGAGAAGGCCCGAAUUCGCAAAGGUGUGAAUAUUUUGGUGGCCACACCAGGGCGGUUGGCCGAUCAUAUUGAAAAUACAAACAAGUUGGAUUUGUCCAAAGUCAGAUACUUGGUUUUGGAUGAGGGUGAUAGAAUGAUGGAUUUAGGUUUUGAGGAGGCCAUCGGAAAGCUCUUGACGUGUCUAGAGAGUGUGUUCGAACCCCGUUUGCCGCAAAACUUGCAAAACUGUCUUCCUGCCAAAAGAGUCAACAUUCUUUGCUCUGCUACCAUGGAAGGAACAGUUAAAAAGCUUGGCCAGAUGUCUCUUAAGGAUGCCAAGCUUAUCACCACUGAUAAUGGCAAGACCAAGGGAGAGAAUAGGUCCGGAAAGAACGACAUGAUGGCACCAGAGCAGUUGGUGCAGGAGAUAUUGGUUGUUCCUCCUAAACUCCGAUUUGUGACUCUUUCGGCAAGGUUGAAGAAUCUCACAAAUGAUAACUCUGUUGGGGAUACUGCUACCCAGAAGAACUCCAAGACGAUCGUCUUCUUCUCGUGUUCGGACUCGGUCGAUUUCCACUUCAUAGCGUUGACAAGAACGGGAAAGAGACUUACCGUGCAAAAAAAGAGAAGACUUCCGAAGGAAAGUGAACAGAGUUCAAAGAAUAGUCAGGAAGGAAGACAUAAUGCAAAGAAAUACGGCAGGAGGGACGGUAAAGGAAGCAGGCAGAAUGAAAAAAGUGGAGAUACCAAUGAUGAUGAGGAGGCACAGUUAGGAAAAGUGACGGCCAUGACAGCUCCGUUGAUAAAUGAUAAUGUGGUGAUAUACAAACUCCAUGGAUCUUUAUCGCAAGAAGCUCGAACUGCCACCUUGAGCCACUUUGCGAAAAACAACCAGUACGCACACUCGAUUUUAUUCUGUACAGAUGUGGCUUCCCGAGGCCUUGAUCUACCAAACAUCAAGAAUGUCGUUGAAUAUGAUCCUCCUUUCACACUUCAGGAUCAUCUUCACAGAGUGGGAAGAACAGCACGUGUGGGAGAAUCUGGUCUUUCGACACUUUUCUUACUUCCGGGAGAUGAGGAGAACUACAUCAAGAAAAUCGAGCCUCUUCACGGGGAUAAAAAGGAGAACUUGCGGUAUUUGAACUUCGAGGAUCAAUUGAAGAGUGCAUUUGCCAAGUAUGAGACUGAAAGUGACGAUGAUAAGAAUAAGAAUGACAAAAGGCAUAGAAAGAGGAAGGCCAGGUCCAAAAACGUGCCAAAGAGAGAAGGUGACUGGGAUGUUCAUGCCACAACUUUUCAGCUUAACACAGAGAGGUGGCUUCUUGAGAAUCCAAGAGCAAAGGAGAUUGCCACUAAUGCCUUUGUUAGUCAUACUAGAGCAUACACUACGCAUCUUUCCUCUGAAAGAGACUGCUUCAACUUCAAAAAGCUCCACUUGGGACACUUGGCAAAGUCCUUUGGACUACGUGAGACUCCAAAAAAGCUUGCUAACGAGAGUUCCAAGUCUCACAGUAAGGGACCACGUGAAGAUGCAAAAUCCAAGAUGUUCCGUGUGGCUAGAAAGGCCGCUGCUGCUCAAAGUGCCGAGUUCAACACCAUUUAG